CGGCCGUGUGGCGUCGGAGGCCAUGGAGCAGGCGCUCGCUGCGGAGCUCGGGGAGGAGCGCGCGGCCCCGCAGGAGGGUUUGUUUCAGGAUGAAGAUUCAUGCAGUAGCUAUAGCUGUCAGGAGAAGCCAUGCUCUCGUUUAAAAAGUUUUGUACCAGAAGGAAAAACCGUUUUCCCUGAAAUUUUCCAAACAACUCAGCUUUUGUUCUAUGAGCGAUUCAGUGCCUACCAAGAUUACAUUUUAGCUGACUGCAAGGCCUCUGAGGUGAGGGAAUUCACAGCCGAGUUCUUGGAGAAGGCCCUGGAACCAUCUGGAUGGCGAGCAGUCUGGCACACGAAUGUGUUCAAGGUGCUUGUGGAGGUCACAGCUGUGGACUUCUUAGCCUUGAAGGCAGUGGUGAAGCUUGCCGAGCCCUACCUCUGUGACUCUCACAUGAACACCUUCACCUUGGAGUGUAUGAGGGAACUGCUUGACCUCAAGGAGCAGCGGCUGCCCCUGCAGGAGCUCUGGGUCGUAUUUGAUGGUUCUGGAGUGUUUGACCAGACAGCACUUGCAAUUGAACAUGUCAGGUUUUUCUACCAAAACAUUUGGAGGAGUUGGGAUGAAGAAGAGGAAGAUGAGUAUGAUUAUUUUGUUAGAUGCGUUGAACCUCGAUUGAGAUUGUAUUAUGACAUCCUUGAAGAUCGAGUUCCUUCAGGACUCAUUGUUGACUACCGGAACCUGUUGUCUCAGUGUGAGGAGAGCUACAGGACGUUUUUGAAUCUGAGAAGCAGUUUGUCAAACUGUAACUCUGAUUCGGAGCAGGAAAAUAUCUCCAUUGUGGAGGGGUUAAAGUUGUAUUCAGAGAUUGAACAGUUGAAACAAAAGCUAAAGCUUAUUGAGAAUCCUUUGUUGAGAUAUGUGUUUGGUUAUCAGAAGAGAUCUAACAUCCAAGCCAAGGGCUUCCGUUCCAAUGGUCACAAGGUCACCCACGUGGUCUCUUCCACCAUGAUGAUUGGUCUGUUGCGGUCCCUGCUCAGGGACAGGUUCCAUGAAGAACCUUCUAAGGAAGACACAGAAAUUCAGUUCCAUAGUGAUCCACUGUCUGCUAUAAAUGCCUGCUAUGAAGGCGACACUGUUAUUGUGUGUCCUGGUCAUUACGUGGUACAUGGCACAUUCUGCAUUGCUGACUCCAUUGAGUUGGAAGGUUAUGGUCUACCAGAUGAAAUUGUGAUAGAAAACAGAGGCAAAGGAGAUACUUUUGUGGAUUGUACAGGUGUAGAUAUUAAAAUCUCAAACAUCAAGUUUGUUCAGCAUGAUGCUGUAGAAGGAAUCCUAAUUAUUCACCGUGGCAAGACUACGUUGGACAACUGUGUGCUGCAGUGUGAAACUACAGGAGUCACGGUGCGAACGUCAGCAGAACUUUUAAUGAAGAAUUCAGACUUAUAUGGUGCAAAGGGUGCUGGUAUAGAAAUAUAUCCUGGGAGUAAGUGUACCCUGAGUGACAAUGGGAUCCAUCACUGCAAGGAAGGGAUCCUCAUUAAGGACUUCUUGGAUGAACAUUAUGACAUUCCUAAAAUAUCCAUGGUAAAUAAUAUCAUACAUAAUAAUGAAGGUUAUGGUGUAGUCUUGGUGAAACCUACUAUUUUAUCUGACCUGCAAGAAGAAGCUGAGGAUGGAACUGAAGAGUGUAAAGUACUUAAAAUUCAGACAAGUGGGGAGGCAGAUGCAGCUGAAGGAGUGGAUCUGGAAGAGUUGAUUGAAUGUGCAAGUGGCAAGAUGGAGCAUGGAGCAAGAUCCGACCUCUCUGAGCAAGUCGAAGGGAACUGUGAAAUUGUAAAUGAACUGGUAGCUGCCUCCACACAGAAGGGCCACAUGAAGAAAAAAAGGUUGAGUGAACUAGGGAUCACACAAGCUGAUGACAACUUAAUGUCGCAGGAGAUGUUUGUUGGAAUUAUGGGGAACCAGUUCAGAUGGAAUGGGAAGGGGAGUUUUGGCACAUUUCUGUUUUGACUGCAAUGAUAUAAUACAUAGCAGAAUACUGAAUUUGCACAGCCGCCCUGACGAUCACUGCUGCUCUUGUAGUUUGCUCUGUGUCUGUAUUUUAUACUGAUACAUUUGGAUUUUAGUGGAAUGUAGAUUGAUUUCUGCCUGCAAAUUUUGUACAUAAAAUACUCCCUCUUUAAAGGAAAAGUUGUAAAAACAUAAAAUUGAAAAAUAUUUGGUGAUUUCUCAUCUAGAAAGUCUUGCUUUCUUAAAACAUAGUUCUUUCAUAUGAAGACUGGUAGUAACUUUCUGGUGUGUAUAUACUUCAACCCAGCACUUCAUAGAGCAGGAAGAAAAGCAGGGAAUACAGACAGCUACACAGAGGUGCAAUAGUUGUCCUGUGUCAGUGUUCUUAGAACUGUUUUUUUCUCCCAAUCCUAAUUACUACAGAUCUGAUUUCCAUUCUGUAUUUGCAUAAUACUUGUCUUAAAAUAAAAGCUUUUAUGAUUGGGAAGUUAUCUACCUAAUCAGACUUAUUAUUGAGAAUCUGAGUAGGGUGCAUUUUAUGUUGAACUAUGCAAUCAUCUACACAGUAAUGGAUAGCGUAACAGGCUUGAAACAGAAGUGAAGUGCUGUUGAGGACCCGUAUGUGUGGAGAGCGUUUGCACUAUUGCUGAUUGUGAAUGAAAAAAGAAAG